UACGUCAGUCACGUCAAGUACGAUAAAGUAUCAGUCAUUCGUUCGUUCGUUUGUACCAUUUCCAAUUCCAUAUUUCCAUGUUUAUUCUAAUCUGUUCGUUUGUUUUGUACGUUAUUUGUUGUGCAGUGGAGUGAUAAAUUGGGUUAUGUCUAAUAAACUAUUUUGUUAAUUAAUCAAAAGUCAACAACAAUACUUAAAUCAAUUUAAUUUAUUAAAGAGCAAAUUAACAGCGCUUCUUGAAAAUGGCUUUAGCCCUCCAAAGACGAGCCAAUGUUCGCUUACCACCAGAAGUCAACCGAAUACUGUAUGUCAGAAAUUUGCCUUACAAAAUAUCAGCUGAAGAAAUGUAUGAUAUAUUUGGGAAAUAUGGAGCCAUUAGACAGAUUCGUGUAGGUAAUACUCCUGAAACGAGAGGAACAGCAUUUGUAGUGUACGAAGAUAUAUUUGAUGCUAAAAAUGCAUGUGAUCAUUUGUCAGGCUUUAAUGUCUGCAAUAGGUAUUUAGUAGUACUAUAUUACAGGUCUAACAAAGCAUUCAAAGGUAUGGAUAUUGAAAAGAAACAGGAGGAAAUAGAUGCAUUGAAAAAGAAAUAUGGAAUAUCAAGUGAGGAUCUUCGCAAAUAAACUAUUUUGAAUAACAA